CGCGGUCACGUGGGCCCUUCCUUUCCGUCUCUGGCCGGCUGGGCGCGGGCGUCUGCUGCGAGGCGCGUGGAGGGAGCCCCGCGCCUGUCCGCCUCGUCCCCUUCCCGGCCCGGGCCCCGAGGAGAGAGAUCGCCGACGCCGGCUGAGCCGAGCCUGCCGCCAAGAUGCCGGCCUACUUCCAGAGGCCGGAGAACGCCCUCAAGCGCGCCAACGAAUUUCUUGAGGUUGGCAAAAAGCAACCUGCUUUGGAUGUUCUUUAUGAUGUUAUGAAAAGUAAGAAACACAGAACAUGGCAGAAGAUACAUGAGCCAAUAAUGUUGAAAUACUUGGAGCUAUGUGUGGAUCUUCGCAAGAGCCACCUGGCUAAGGAAGGUUUAUACCAGUACAAGAACAUCUGCCAACAGGUAAACAUCAAAUCUCUAGAGGAUGUUGUUAGGGCAUAUCUGAAGUUGGCAGAGGAAAAAACUGAAGCGGCUAAAGAAGAAUCCCAGCAGAUGGUCUUAGACAUAGAAGAUCUUGAUAAUAUUCAGACUCCUGAGAGUGUUCUUUUAAGUGCCGUGAGUGGUGAAGACACUCAGGAUCGUACUGAUAGAUUACUUUUAACUCCCUGGGUUAAGUUCCUGUGGGAAUCCUAUAGGCAGUGCUUGGACCUUCUCAGAAACAAUUCAAGAGUAGAGCGUCUUUACCAUGACAUAGCCCAGCAAGCUUUCAAAUUCUGCCUUCAGUAUACCCGAAAGGCUGAAUUCCGUAAACUGUGCGACAAUCUCAGAAUGCACUUGUCACAAAUUCAACGCCACCAUAACCAAAGCACUGCGAUCAACCUCAACAAUCCAGAGAGCCAGUCCAUGCAUUUGGAAACCAGGCUCGUUCAGUUGGACAGUGCUAUCAGCAUGGAGUUGUGGCAGGAAGCAUUCAAAGCUGUGGAAGAUAUACAUGGGCUGUUCUCCUUGUCUAAAAAGCCACCUAAGCCUCAGUUGAUGGCAAAUUACUAUAAUAAAGUUUCAACUGUGUUUUGGAAAUCGGGAAACGCUCUUUUCCAUGCCUCUACCCUUCAUCGUCUGUACCAUUUGUCUAGGGAAAUGAGAAAAAAUCUUACACAAGAAGAGAUGCAGAGAAUGUCUACGAGAGUCCUCUUGGCUACUCUUUCCAUCCCUAUCACUCCUGAGCGGACCGACAUCGCCCGACUCCUGGAUAUGGAUGGCAUCAUAGUUGAAAAGCAGCGUCGCCUUGCAACGCUCCUGGGUCUUCAGGCUCCACCAACACGAAUUGGUCUUAUUAAUGAUAUGGUCAGAUUUAAUGUAUUGCAAUAUGUGGUCCCGGAAGUGAAAGAACUGUACAAUUGGCUGGAGGUAGAGUUUAACCCUCUGAAACUCUGUGAGAGAGUCACAAAGGUUCUAAAUUGGGUUAGGGAGCAGCCUGAAAAAGAACCAGAAUUGCAACAGUAUGUUCCCCAACUGCAGAAUAACACCAUACUUCGACUCCUGCAACAGGUGGCACAAAUUUAUCAGAGCAUUGAGUUUUCUCGUUUGACUUCUCUGGUUCCUUUUGUUGAUGCUUUCCAACUGGAACGGGCCAUAGUAGAUGCGGCCAGGCAUUGUGACUUACAGGUUCGGAUUGAUCACACUUCUCGGACCCUUAGUUUUGGAUCGGAUUUGAAUUAUGCUACUCGUGAGGAUGCCCCGAUUGGCCCACAUUUACAGAGUAUGCCUUCAGAGCAGAUACGGAACCAGCUCACUGCCAUGUCCUCAGUUCUUGCCAAAGCACUUGAAGUCAUUAAGCCUGCUCAUAUACUGCAAGAGAAAGAAGAACAGCACCAAUUGGCUGUGAAUGCAUACCUUAAAAAUUCACGGAAAGAGCAUCAGCGUAUCCUGGCUCGAAGACAAACUAUUGAGGAGAGGAAGGAACGCCUUGAGAGUCUGAAUAUUCAGCGUGAGAAAGAGGAACUGGAGCAGAGGGAAGCUGAGCUGCAGAAAGUUCGGAAGGCUGAGGAAGAGAGACUGCGGCAGGAGGCAAAAGAGCGAGAGAAAGAGCGCAUCUUACAGGAGCAUGAACAAAUUAAGAAGAAAACAGUCCGCGAGCGUUUAGAACAGAUCAAGAAAACGGAGCUGGGGGCCAAAGCGUUCAAGGAUAUUGACAUUGAAGAUCUUGAGGAAUUGGAUCCCGAUUUUAUCAUGGCAAAACAGGUUGAACAACUGGAGAAAGAAAAGAAGGAACUUCAGGAACGCCUGAAGAAUCAAGAGAAGAAGAUUGACUAUUUUGAACGAGCUAAACGUUUGGAAGAAAUCCCCUUGAUAAAGAGUGCUUAUGAAGAGCAGAGAAUAAAAGACAUGGAUCUGUGGGAACAACAGGAAGAAGAAAGAAUCACAACCAUGCAGCUAGAACGAGAAAAAGCUCUGGAACAUAAGAACCGCAUGACACGGAUGCUGGAAGACAGGGAUUUAUUUGUAACGCGACUGAAGGCAGCUCGGCAGUCUGUUUAUGAGGAAAAACUUAAACAAUUUGAAGAGCGACUGGCAGAAGAAAGACACAAUCGCCUGGAGGAACGAAAGAGGCAACGGAAGGAAGAGCGCAAGAUCACUUAUUACAGAGAGAAGGAGGAGGAGGAGCAGCGGCGGGCUGAGGAGCAGAUGCUGAAAGAGCGCGAAGAGAAAGAGCGUGCAGAACGGGCAAAACGUGAGGAAGAGUUGCGGGAAUACCAGGAGCGAGUGAAGAAACUGGAAGAAGUAGAAAGGAAGAAACGCCAAAGGGAGCAGGAAAUUGAAGAAAGGGAACGGCGCAGAGAGGAAGAGCGAAGACUUGGUGAGGACCCGCUUUCUAGAAAGGACUCUCGUUGGGGCGAUAGAGACUCAGAGGGCACGUGGAGAAAAGGCCCAGAACCAGACUCAGAGUGGCGGAGAGGCCCCCCAGAGAAGGAGUGGAGGCGCGGUGAAGGGCGGGAUGAUGAGAGGCCCCACCGGAGAGAGGAAGAGCGAGACCGGCCGCGGCGUUUGGGAGAUGAUGAAGAGCGUGAGGCUGCGCUCAGGCCUGAUGAGGACCGUGUGCCCCGGCGGGGCCUGGAUGAUGACCGAGGCCCCCGGCGUGGGCCCGACGAGGACCGGUUUGCCCGGCGUGGGCCUGAUGAGGAACGGCCUUCUUGGCGUAGUGCUGAUGAGGAGCGGCCACUCCGCCGGGUGGGAGAUGAAGACCGGGGGAGCUGGCGUCACGCCGAGGACGACAGAGACAGAGCCCCGCGGCGGGGCCUGGAUGAGGACCGGGGGAGCUGGCGCAUGGCUGACGAGGACAGGGGCCCACGGCGAGGGCUGGAUGAGGAGCGGGGCCCACGACGAGGAGGAGCUGAAGAUGAACGGCCAUCCUGGCGUAGUGCCGACGAGGAGCGGGGGCCUCGGCGGGGUCUGGACGACGACAGGGGACCGUGGAGAGCUGCGGACGAGGACCGGAUGUCCAGGCGGGCCGCUGAUGAGGACCGGGGGCCAUGGAGGACCAUGGAUGAUGAUCGUCUCUCCAGGCGGGCCGAUGACGACCGGGGUCUCCGCAGGGGCGAUGACAGGCCAGCUCCCUGGAGGCCGCUUGUCAGGCCAGGUGGAUGGAGAGAGAAAGAAAAGGCCAGAGAAGAUAGUUGGGGUCCACCUCGAGAAUCAAGACCUCCAGAAGAACGAGACUGGGAGAGAGAGAAAGAACGAGAUCAUCAAGACCGGGAUGAAAAUGACAAGGAGUCUGAGAGAGAACGAGACAGAGAGAGAGAUGGGGACCGAGAAGAUCGUUUCAGACGGCCCAGGGAUGAAGGUGGCUGGAGAAAAGGACCAGCGGAGGAAGCGUCAAGCUGGAGAGAGAUGAGUCGCCGUGAUGAUAGAGAUGACCUCCGUCGUCGUGAAAGAGAUGAUCUAAGACGUGAUCUAAGACGAGAUGACAGAGACCGAAGAGGUCCCCCUCUGCGAUCUGAGCGCGAAGAAGUAAGCUCUUGGAGACGUGCUGAUGACAGGAAGGAUGAGAGGGCAGAAGAGCGGGAUGCGCCUCGGCGUGUUCCUCCACCCGCAAUCACGAGAGAACGAGAGAGAGAUCGAGAACGAGAGAGUGGUGACAAGGAAAAGGCCUCUUGGAGAGCUGACAAGGAGAAGGAAUCUCUUCGUCGUACUAAAAAUGAGACUGAUGAAGAAGGAUGGACCACAGUACGGCGCUAAGUCUCGAUAGCGGCUCCAGCUCCUGUCCUGCAUAGGUUUGAUUACACUUGAGGAUUGUUAGACUUGUGCUUCAAUCAGUCUCAGUUGGAUUCUUUAAUGUCCUCACCAUAACACACACAAAAAAAGCAUGAACUUGUAUUAAUCCUAUAUAAUAGAUUGAUCAUGCACCGUAUCCACAGAAGGUUGGAAUACCAUGCCAUUUUCUGGAAUUUAAGGUGUUGCAUUAUUUCAUCAAUCAUUUGUUUACAAAAAAGAAAAACUAAAAAAUAAAAUUGAAAUGUGAACCCUUCA